AUGAACUUGUACAGUCAGCAGCUUCUCUUGCACUUGUAUUGCUAAAAAAGCUGCCCAGUGUUUAUAUGGAUGACCACCUCAUCACGGAGUUAAUAACAGACGUGAGGGUAAAUUUGAAUGUUGUCCAGCUGUUGCAAUGGUGUGUGUAUGAGGAUAUGGCUUCAUACUUAUCAAGUUCGCUUACAAUGCAAGAUUCUCCUCAGGAGGAGAUUGAAAGUGAAUUGGGGGAAGGACAGGAAGAUGUAAAAAGAGGAAAGAUUGAAGAGGAAGAUAAGAUCAAUGAAGAGACUGAAGAAAUUGAAAAUGAGACAGAGGAAGAAGAAAAUUAUGAGGAGGAGGAAGAGGACGAUGAUUAUACAGAUGUUGAAGAUGAUGAUGAUGGGAUGGAAGAAAGUAGAGAUGAAAUGACGUUCAAGCAGAAAGGUCAUGCUGAGAAACCUAAAGAAACUGAUCGCGCGGUCAGUGGUGGCCGAAGUGGUUGUAGCACGGGUCUUCAGAGUAGAGACGUUAAUAGUGCAGGUGUGCAGAAAGUUAAGGUUUCUUGUGCUGAUGGGAGUUCGACAUGGCGUAAAUUGCUGAAUGAGUUGGAUGCACUGAUGAAGUCCUUAAAGAGAACAAAUGAAGUAUCCCAGUUGGUACAAUUGUUGCAAUCUAUGCACAGCAUAAUCAGGUGUGCCAUUGAGGUAAUUGUUUUGUUGGAAAAUAACUGUCGUAGCCCUCCAGAUGAAACACCUUUUAUAACUACUUUCUUUGAUGAUUAUUUUGGUGAUAUGAUCAGGUUAUUAGUGCAAGUACUGGCUACAUUAUCAUAUGAAAAUGAAGAGGAAGAAAUGGGGGAAUGUGUCAUUCUCAUGUGCUUGGAGAUGGUUGGCAGCUUACUGCACGUGCCGGAGUCACGUUACGCUUUGCAGCAGGACAUUGAGGCAGCUGUUACGUUACUGUCACUACCAUGGCAUGAACAAGUGCCACCAGAGGGCAAUAUGAAUCAUUCAUUAUUGUCUCUUGUCACACAGUUAACUGCUUUGUCAAGGAGUGAGUUUAAAAUGUUGUGCCUUAAUCACCUCCUCCAUAUUUCACAUUGCGAAUAUUUGGACUGGAGGUUCAGCUUAAUGCAACACUGCAUUGGAAGUGAGCAGAAUGAUUUUGCGAGCAGCGUGGUGCAUAGUAUUCCAUUCAUACUGCAGAUGAAACAGUUCAGCCCUAUGAGAGUGUUCUCAUAUUUACUUCAGCCAGCUUUGGCGAACAGUGACACAAAUGUUCCUCUCCAACGUUCUCUGGCAUCAAUCAUCGGUGAUAUGACGUGUGUUCUUGCAGGAAGUUGUGUGUACUCAAGGAAAGUGGAGAUGUCCAAAGUCACUUACAAGCUUCUGUGUGUCGAUUGUCACUCUGAUAGAAAAUUGUACAAGGCUUCUGGAUUGGGUUACCUGCAACAGAUGGAAAACCAGGUUUUGAGAUGUCUGGACUUGGUUCAUUCAGAAGAUGAGAAUGUGCGUUUGUCAAUGGCAAAUGCUCUGCAACAGCUGUCCACCCACAUUUCUUCAUUUCAUCAGCCUGAGAUGCCAAAACACUGGCUUCAUUACCUCCGAGAUCAAGCUGUGUCUGUAAGGCUCAGUUUUGCUUCCUAUGCAAAGUGUCUUGUGUUCAAUCCGAAGUGGGUGGAGGAAAAGCAGUCAGAAUCUGAAACUUUGCUUGAGGAACACAUCCCUCUCAGUCAGAAAGACAAAGUGGAGUUAACUCAGUCCAUUCCAUUGCUGUCAUUUUGCGUUGAAGAGAUGACAAAAGUAGUUUUUGAAAGUUUAACAGCAGGAGACCGUGAACUCCAGCGCACCAUCAUUUUUACUGUGAGAUCACUUGGCAGGGUUCCGUUGGAUUGUGUCUUGUUACCAACUUUAGCAAAUCUUCUGAUGUUUAUUGCUCAUCCGUCUUCUAUGGUGCUUCCACUUGCCAAAUUGAGUGUUGGUGAAAUUGCAGAGGCACAUAAUGUCAGACCAUGUGACAUCUACAUACGCUUUAAGAAGGAAAUAUGUGGUCUGAUUGUGCAGUUUGUGGUACUCAAUCAUCAUAUCGGAGGCUUAAGUUUUGGAACUUCGGUGCAGAGGAUAGUUCGAGCAUUGGGUUUUACAAGUUUUCGAGAAUUUCUUCAAAAGGACUCGCAUCACAUAAUUCCAUAUCUUGUGCCUGCAAUGGUAAAGAAUCCAGGAACGUCACAACUACUUAAUGAUAUUGGAAAAACUAUGAUGAUUGACACCAAAACUCUCAUAGAGGAAACAUUCCAGCAUGUCUAUCCACAUAUCUACUUAUAUGAAAAUGAGGAGACUCUUAAAGCAUGCCUCAAGUACAUGGAGGAUUUUACUGGUAUCAACGUAAAAGAUCUGAAGAGACGCUCAUUUAAGGUCAUUCACAAUGAAUUGCUGUUACAUUACGAAUGCCACAAAGAAAGAGUGCUUGAUGCAUUGCGUGAGUUGGCCAAGGACGAUCCAGAUUAUGCCGUUCCAGACCAUCCCAUGAGCUUAGAACAGAUUGCUGACUACCUGCAACCAAGGUUUCUGGGUGUUCUGGUGUUCUUUGACAGUAAGCUGGUUACGAGAAAGGUUGCUGAAUCAGUGAAGAAAAAGGCUUUAUCUUCUUUGCCAGAAAUUAUUCGCCUGAUGGGGCCAAAACACAUCACUCCCGUUAGGUUUAAGGUUCUUGGAACACUUCGUACAGCACUGAAACUCAACUACAGUACCUUUCCAGAUCUGAAUGUAGCAGCGUGGGAUGCGUUUGUUCACAGUGUGGAGGUAAUUCAUCUGGGACCUCUUCUUAGCACAAUAUUUGUUUCUCUCCUGCCACUGCUCGAUGAUUUUGCUGUUGAGAUCGGAAGCAUCUUUGCUUUCCUGAUAGUUCAAAAUAGUGAAAUCUUGCAACAUUUCUUCAAAGAAUUGUAUUUUGUCGAGCCGAGCGAACCCAUUAUUGAUAUAUAUAGGGAAAUUCAGGGAGUCAUUAAUGAGAAUGGGCCUCCUACAUUCAUGGACAGACUGGCAGUAAUUACAUCCUCCAUUAAGCAUGACAAUGUUGACGUUCAGCUGUAUGGUUUGCUGCAUCUGUCAUCUUUACUGCAGACAGAGAAAGAAUUAUUUCAAGCUUGUAUUGGGGAAAAGGACCACGUAGAACCCAUAAUAAGAGAGAUAAUGGAUGCUCUCUUGUCGGGUUGUCGUGAUGAAGAUGAGAACAUUCGAUUGGCUUGUGCAGAUUGCAUUGGAGCUGUUGGGGCUCUGGACCCUGGUCUCUUGUCUUGGAGAGAGUUACAAAGUGAGAAAGAAGCCCUACCACUUGGCGCUGAUACAGAUGGAUUCAUAUCAGUUGCUCUUAUUCAUCUUGCGCGGUCAUUUCAGCAAUGCAGAGAGACACAGACUAUGGAUGCUUUCUCACUGGCAAUGCAGGAAUUACUUAAACUGUUCAAAAUAUCACCAGAUGAAAAGUCACCAAAGAAAAACAUUUGGGGUUCAUUUCCCAGAGAAGUUCAAGAGAUAAUGACUCCUCUACUUUCUUCAUGUUAUAAGAAUUCUAUAGGACCAAAUGUACAAAUGCCUCAUCCCGUAAUUGGAUCGAAGUAUGGCAUGACGUUAAAUGACUGGGCGUGCAAUUGGACGUUCGUGCUGUUGGAUUGUAUUUCUGGCCCCUGUGUUCAAGCAGUGUUUGAUGCUUGUGCAAUUAGUCUGAAACGAGAUUUACAAACGCUGCUGUUCUUCAUGCCGUACAUUCUAUUACAUGCAGUUCUGUCUGCCUCACCAGUCAAUAUAAAGUGCUUUCUGGAAGAGAUGCUGGCUGUGAUGGAUACCAGCUCUCACAUACCACAACCAAGCCAUGAUGAUGAGCAACCGUCAUAUGCUAUUCAUUUGUCAGGAAGCAGAACGGUUGCGACGGAAGGCCUCAAUGCAGACACCCGUAUGAUGUGUGCUAAAACCGUAUUCACUCUGAUAGAUUUUGUUUGGCGUUUUACACGAGAGUGGAUUUCUGCUCAUUACCUAUCUUCUAACCUAAGAGAAGAUCCUGUUUAUGUUGCCCUGAAAGCGUUUGUCAGUGAAAUUUCUGCUUUGAAAAUCGCCUUGUCUAAUAUUGAAUGUGGCGAGUAUCCACGAGCAUUGAUGUACCUGGAAAUGUUUAUCAGUAAGAAUCCACAGCAGUUUCAAGAGCAGCUAUGGCUCUUUAUGAAAAUAUAUGCACGUUUGAAUGAGCCAGAUGCUGUCCAUGGGAUAAUGGCAACAAGAGAGCAGGAGCCAUCUCUUGAAGAACUUAUAAUUGUCCACGAAGUAACUGGACAAUUACAGGAUGCUGUGGCUUGUUACGAACGCUUGGCACAGGAUGAAACAAGGGGUCCCGAUUUCUACAAGGGGAUGGUACAAUGUUAUCUCGGACUGGAUCAGCCGAUUACGUCACUCAGAAUUGCACAAGGAAUUGUUUCGGAAAGGCCAGAAAUGGCGAGAGUGAUGCAGGAAUUUGAAGCAGAAGCUUUCUGGCGAUUGCAGAUGUUUGAUGACCUGGGAAGUCUGCUUUCAUCGCCUGAAAUUGCAGAAAACAAGGCGUGGGGCGUGCAAGCCGGAAGGGCCCUGCUCCAUUUUCAAGCUGGCAGGAGUACAGUUCUUCACAAGCACCUCAAGUGCAUGCGGAUGGAGUUGCUGGAUGGACUGCGGACAGUUUCUCUCGAGAAGGGCUCUUAUCAGGAAGAGUACCAGAGCAUUGUUAGAUUGCAUAUACUGAAUGAGAUGCAGAGAACAGAAGAAGUUGUCCAGGCAAUAUUAAAGAAUGUUAGUAAUGACCAGCAGUGCAUGUUACUGGUGGAACAGCUUAUGCACGAAUGGGAGGACAGACUCAAGAAUGUUCAGCAGUUCUCACGCGCCAAAGAGCCCGUACUCUCUAUGCGGAGGACCGUUCUUGUUCUUGCGAAAAGCCUAAUAGAAGAGAAACUUCCUGAAGUUGCCAAAUAUCUGGAUAAAGAAGUGGGACGGUGCUGGCUUCAGAGUGCCGUAACAGCUCGAAAGGACGGACUCUACCAGCAAGCAUACACGUAUAUACUUAAUGCUGAGAAGUUCCACCUAAAGGAACUCUUUGUUGAGAAAGCCAAACUUUACUGGGAGAAGGGAGAGCAAGAUCCGGCCUUCUUGACAUUACGUCGCGGUCUGGAGGAGCACUUUACUAACGUUGAGAACCCUGACUCGUGCUUUGCUGUUACAGGUCAAAGUGACUCUAAAAUAUGUGCUGAGGCCAAGUUGCUCAUGGCUACAUACAAUGAUGAGACUGUGAAUGUUGACAUGGAUGUGAACAUCUGUAACUACAAACAGGCCGUUGAUGCAUGCCGCCAAUGGGAGAAGAGUUCUGUGUGUCUAGCUCAGUAUUAUGACCGCGUGUUGGGCGUGAUGACAGAUGAGGAGAGAAACACCAGAGGAGGAGAUAUUCAGGUGAAUAUGGUGAAUUUCUAUGGCAAGUCAUUACGCUACGGGUGCAACUACAUCUACCAGUCGAUGCCCCGUAUGUUGAGUAUAUGGUUGGAUUUUGGAACGAGCGUUGCCGAGGCAGAAAAGGAGAAAGACAGAACGAGGGCAAAGAUGGAAGUAAUAAAUGACAUGAAAACAAAUUUGGACAAAAUGACUAAGAUUGUUGAUCAGUUGGUUGAAGAACUUCCUCCUUACAUGUUCCUGACGGCAUUUUCACAACUAGUUUCACGCAUCUGUCAUCCACAUCCGGAUGUUUUCAGACACCUGAAGACGAUCAUAGUUUAUAUGCUGUUGGUGUACUCCCAGCAGUCUUUGUGGAUGUUAAUGCCCGUGUACAAGUCGUCAUCCAGCUUUCGUGUCAAGAGGUGUGAGGAAGUGCUAAAUGAUCCGAUAUUCAAAAACACAACGAAUGCCAAGCUUUUGAAUGACUUCACUCGUCUGACAGAGAAGCUGAUUGAGUUGACUGAAAAACCUAUUGGAAAUGAUGUGAAAUACGUUACAGUGAGCAGUUUAGUCAGCUCACUUCCUCGUCUUCUGAAAUCACCAGAUUUCAGUGACAUCAUGAUGCCAUGUCAGCAGUUCACAAUCAUUCAAUUGCCAACAGAUGACAACAGAAUAAUUGGGCAUGACCCAUUUCCAGUGAAGCAAGUGUUCAUUAAGGAGGUGUGUGAUGAACUCACUGUCUUGCCGUCACUACAGAAGCCACGACGUAUUUCAUUCGUUGGCUCAGAUGGGAAUCAGUAUAUGAUGAUGUGUAAAGCAAAGGAUGAUUUACGUAAGGACUUCCGUUUCAUGGAAUUCAACAAUGUGGUGAAUCGCUACCUAAGAAAGGAUCCCGAGUCGAGACAGCGGGGAUUACACAUAAGGACAUACCAUGUUGUCCCACUGAAUGAAGAAUGUGGUAUUGUUGAGUGGGUCCCCAAGCUGGUGGCUUACCGUAACAUAAUCAUAAGACUGUACAAGGAGGCUGGAAAUUACACAAAUAAUAAGCAGCUGAAAGAGCUGUCAAGUAACUUAUCAGACUCCCAUUCUGCAAAGCGAGAGAAGUUUGAACGAUUCUUAAUUCCAAAACAUCCACCAGUAUUUGAUGAGUGGUUCAGGUCCACAUUUCCAGAACCUUAUGCUUGGUAUCGCGCUCGCACAUCGUACAUUCGUACGACGGCCGUCAUGUCCAUGGUGGGCUACAUGCUUGGACUAGGCGAUCGGCAUGGUGAAAAUAUCUUGUUUGAUACAGUUAGUGGUGAAACAGUGCAUGUGGAUUUCAAUUGCAUUUUUAAUAAGGGGGAGAAUUUUACGUGGCCUGAACGAGUGCCGUUCCGCCUCACACACAACAUGGUGGCUGCGAUGGGACCACUCGGUGUAGAAGGCAUGUUUCGCAGAUCUUGUGAAAUAACACUUCGGAUACUGCGAGCUCAGUCUGAAACUUUGAUGUCUGUUCUACGGCCAUUUGUUUAUGAUCCUAUGGUAACAUGGCGAUCAACAUCAACAUCGGCUAGACCCGCUGCUCGCAAAGAGAGUGUGGAGACAACAAAUGAAUUGGCAAUGAAGAACCUUGAAGAUAUAGAGGGCCGUGUUCAAGGGAUGGUGCGUAUUAAAGGCAGUCAGUGCUCCACCUUGGCCUUGUCUGUGGAGGGACAGGCCAACAACCUGAUCCUGGAGGCAACUAACAUUGACAACUUGUGUGAAAUGUAUAUAGGGUGGGGACCGUUUAUGUAAUUCAGUUAGUGCUGUGCACAAGAAACCACCAAACACUCAGAAAUAUCAAUCUGUAUUGAUUUUAAACACAGUUUUGUUAUUAUGAUGCAAAUUAUUUAAAAUCACUAUUUUAUGUACAUCUUUGUAAUUGCUGUAUAAAUUCUUUCCAGUGAU